AUGAAACCCAUGUACCAACGGCAUCAAAACUUCCACAUUGGGACAAUCUUUGAUCACGUCGGCCUCGCCUUGGCCCUAGACCUUGGUCGUCGUGGCAUCCGCUCAACAGUCAUCGAGCGAAAUUUCGGUGCAGAAACUGGAACUAAUGCCAAAGCAAGCGUGAUCGAUGAGCGAACGAUGGAAUUCUGUCGACUACUCGGUGUGCGUGACGAUAUUGCCAACGCUGGAUUUCCCGCAGACCUUCCAGGCGAUACUAUCUUCUGCACCGCAAUGGACGGUCAUUACAUCGGUCGCCUGGAAAUGCCAUCUGCAGCAACACGUGAAACACCAGAAGAAUCGGCAGAAAUGCUACGACGCUGUCCACAGAUUUGGUUUGAUCCUAUCUUUGCACGUACCGUACAUCGCCAGGGAAUGGCAGAUAUUCGCUAUGGCAUGGAGGCUACAGGAUGUGAUCAGUCAGAUAAAGGUGUGGUCUGCCACUUGAGAAAUAUCAGUAAUGGUGUCUUGGAGGACGUGCGAGCGAUGUAUGUUGUUGCGUGUGACGGGGCCGCCAGUGUGAUACGGAAUGAGCUAGGGAUUCCAUUCGAAGGGAACGAUCUAGGAUACGCAAUCAGCUCUAUUGUUCAACUUGAUCUUGCCAAAUACAACCGUUGGACUACUGCAGAGCGCUUCAUGUUCAUUGGGCCUGAUGGGACAUGGGGAAAUUUUACGACAAUUGACGGACGCUUGCUCUGGCGCUUCUCUAUUCUUGGCGGUAACGCCAAGGUUGAUCUGUCAAAUGUUGACAUGGAUGCGUUCGUGCAAAAAGCGAUUGGAGGCGACAAACCCAGUUAUAAAAUUAUCAAAACAGUCCAAUGGCGACGAAGCCAAUAUAAUGCCGCCACAUAUCACAGAGGACGAAUCAUCCUCGCCGGAGAUGCGGCUCAUACGAUGUCCCCAACUGGUGGACACGGAUUGAACACUGGUAUUGGGGACAUUAUGGGCCUAAGCUGGGUCCUUCAGGCCUUGAUUGAAGGAUGGGGAGGACCUGACCUUCUAGAUGCAUACACUAUUGAGCGUCGACCAAUUGCCCUUCGUAACGGAGCUGGUUCAACUAGGAACUUUGGGAUUUGGAUCGACAAAGUUGGUCGUGACAAGGUACUAGAUGAUGGUCUCGAGGCCGAUGAGCAACGAGACAGUCUUGGAAAGAAUAUGGCUGCUAAAAUGCGACAAGAGUUUCAAUCGUUGGGUCUGGCACUGGGAUACAGCUAUCCUGACUCACCGCUCAUUAUCCCUGAUGGUUCCUCUGCCCCCUUGGAUGACCCGGACUACUGUGUUCAAACCGUAGGACCAGGCCAUCGUGCACCGCACUGCUGGAUAGAGGUAGGCUGGUCGACAAUUGAUAUUUUUGGACGUGGUUUCGUUCUUCUUUGCUUCGAAAAGGAGUUUACAGAGAACGAGAGAAUCGUUCGAACAGCAAAAGAGUUUGUUAUUCCUUUAGAAAUAGCAGUCAUAUUAAAUUCUGAGGCUGCAAGGCUAUAUGAAAGGCGAUUGGUUCUUGUUCGUCCUGAUGGAAUGGUUGCCUGGCGUGGAGACACACUCCCAGAUAAUGUAGAGAUGCUUCUCAAUCAGGUUCGAGGUGUCUCUCAGGGCUAA